AUGACUAUCCAGACUGCCUUGACUGCGGCCCUUGGGAUCCGGGUCCCGAUCGUCCAAGGUGGGAUGAUGUGGGUUGGUCUGCCCAAACUAGUCGCGGCAGUAUCUAAUGCCGGCGGUUUAGGGAUCCUCACCGGGCUCACACAACCCACGCCAGAAGCACUGAGACAAGCGAUACGAGAGACCCGGAAGAUGACCUCGAAGCCGUUCGGAGUGAACCUCACAUUCUUACCAUCAAUCAAUCCUCCACCAUACACCCUGUUUGCCCAAGUGAUCAUCGACGAAGGCAUCAAGGUUUGUGAAACAGCUGGUGGACCAAGCGCUACUCCAAUCAUCCAGAUGCUUCGCAAAGCAAAUAUUUAUGUGAUACAUAAAUGUACUAGUGUCCGACAUGCCAAUAGUGCGGUUAAGAUCGGUGCCAAUAUGCUCUCUAUCGAUGGCUUCGAAUGUGCUGGCCAUCCUGGCGAGGACGACAUUGGUGGGGUUGUUCUGCUAGCUCGAGCUGCUCAGGAGCUCAAAGUCCCAUUCAUCGCUUCAGGUGGUUUCGCAAACGGCAGAGGGCUGGCGGGCGCGAUUGCCCUGGGUGCAGCAGGAGUGAACAUGGGCACUGCCUUUAUGGUCACUGAAGAAGCAGAGAUUCAUCAAAAUAUCAAGGAAGAGAUGAUCAAAGCAGACGAACGGAAUACAAUCCACAUCUUUCGCACCCUCAGGAACACUGCGCGUGUUUACAGAAACGAGGUGGCUAUGGAAGUAGUCAAAUUGGAAAACCGUCCGGGUGGGUGCGAAUUUAAGGACAUUGCCCACCUCGUCUCUGGGGCGAGAGGGAAGAAAGUUUAUGAAGAAGGGGAUAUAAAUGCCGGUGUAUGGACAUGCGGGAUCAGCGUUGGCCUGCUCACGAAAAUCCAGUCAUGUGAAUCCUUCAUUCGUGAGUGCGAGCGAGACGCCGAAGAAGUCAUUGGUGGCAUGGCUCGCAUGAUCGUUCAACCAUCCGCACCACAAUCAAAACUUUGA